CCUCAUCGUCUCCAGAACAGAGCUAAUCGCCCUCUCAUCCAGGCCAAACGCUGCAAAUGCCUAGCCUGUCAACAAUCCAGUCGACAAUAUCCGAGCUGAACAAAGGACCACCUAUUACAGUAGCUCUGCCGGGAGGCACCACCGGUAUAGGCUCCUACAUUGCUCGAGCAUUGGCCACGACCUACGCAAACCACGGUAACAAACUGCGAGUGUACAUAAUCGGACGCAAUGCUACCCGCGCUGAAAACGUCCUUUCUGAAUGCCGCAAGACCAGUCCAGGGUCAGAGUGGCGGUUCAUACAGACGCCUGACCUCGCUUUAAUCAGCGAGGUGGACCGGUGUUGUGCAGAGAUUGUUCGACAGGAGACACAGGCGCCAUUCCAUGGCGGGAAGGCAAGGUUGGAUCUGCUGUACAUGACGUACAGUUACCCCGACGGAACAAAGCCAGGCCAGUUCCCCGUCGGAUGCCCGACAGACGCUGCCUAUGGAGUAGGUGCAGUGCGCAAGCACGCCUCGUUCAUGAAGACCAUGAUCUUUGAGGAACUUGCGAAAAAGCAUGCUGGAAACUUGCGCUUGACUCACAUCUACCCUGGUCUGGUGGACGGUCCAACAUUCCUAGGACCUGAUUCCCCAAUGUGGUUCAAGAUUCUCUGGCGUGUUUCGAAGCCUCUGAUGUCGUGGUACAUGACUGCUCCAGAUGGUGAACGCGGGGGUGGGUCAUAUUCUGUUGGGCAGAAAGCGGACGCAUCGAAAGGGAUCAUGUACGAGAAAGUUCGACAAGCUGACACGAAAGAGAAGAUUUGGAGGCAUACUAUGGAGACGUUAGAGCGGGCUGAGAAAGCUGGAAGGUUAUCCAAGUGA